CGCAGCUCGAACUAGCCCUUGAACUGUAAUCCCCGCCCCCUUUUCCUCAUUCCUUUGCCAGGGAGGCGGGACGAAGGCAAGGACGCCUGGAAUGUGAUUGGUCGAGAGGAGGCGGCGCGCGCUGUUUCCAAAAGGAGGCUCUUGAGUUGCAUGGUAUUACUCACUUUGUUCAGAAAGCAGAGCUAGUUCAGCCAUGGCCAACCAUGUCUGCGCAGGAGCCGUGACUGUUCCUCAUGGGCACGUGAUUGGCAACGAGAAAUGGAAAGGAUCACAGAUUGCCCAGAGCAUCCAAGGGAAAGUUAAGCUCAUUCUGGAAGGCGGCCUGGGCAUCGUGGACUUCCACCUCUCCAAUCGAUCCUGCGUCCUCUAUGUUUCCGAAGCAGACCUUGUAGCGGGUAAUGGCUUCAAAAGAAGACUUGUUUGCUUUAGAAAUUCUUACAGCCUUCAAGGAAUCAUCAUUGUCGAAAAAACCCUGAUAAGCGACCAGUACUUCCCCGCCGUGCAGAAGUUUGUGAUCCUGGAACUUGGGAUGGCAUUACUUCCAGUUGCCAAUCAGGGAGAAGCAGCCCAGCUUAUCAUCCAACUCGUGUUUGAACAAAUGAAAGACCGGCUCAGCAAUCCCUUCCUUAUGAAGAAAAGUCCCAAGCUCUUAGAAAGUUCUAUAAUCCAAACAGUUCAGCAGAUCCCAGGAGUCGGGAAAGCGAAAGCCUUGCUUCUCCUGGAACGCUUUCGGAGCCUCCAUCAGCUCUGCAAUGCGUCCGUUCCAGAUCUCGAAGAGGUUGUGGGCCGCUCUCUGGCACAACAAAUCCAUGCUUUCUUCACAGCGUGAUCUCAGCUUGUUGCAAUGAGAAGCAAGCAUCUUGAAAGGGGUUAUUCCCAGAUAGGAUGGCUCCUUUGCACAGCAUCCUUGGAUUUCUCAUAAAACACUGGUGAAGGAUCUCAAACUGCACCUGAGGAGCAAAAUAGUCUACGCCAGUUUCAUUGUACAGAUAUUUAUUCUUUGCAGAUUUGACAUGGACUUUAAAAUAGUUUAUAGCAUUUGGAAAGACUACAUGGCUCAUACUGAAGGAUAAAUGCAACCCAUCUCUGCAGCAUCCUAUGCAAAAGAACCAAAACAAUAUGUCUUGUAAGAAGACCAAUUUUUAAUUUUAAAAUUCCCCAUUAUAUGAAAGGAUGGUUAUACCUUCUUGAAUUCUGUUAAAGUAUUAAUAUGUGUUUAAAUGUACAGCCAUAUUAUCUUGAUCUUUCAUCAAUUUUUGCUUUCUGUUGGGCCUUGUAGUAGUAAUGGAGAUAAUUGAGGAUUGUUCAGGGUGGAAAUCAGCAUAUAAAAACCAUGACCAUAUUGUGAAUCAUGUGUAAAAUAUGCUGUUUUCCUGGUCUAAAAUAAAGGUUCACUGCCUCAGAAAUUUUUGUGAACAUUUUAUUGUCACAUUGCUAUUUGCAUACCUAUAUAAAAAAUACCUGAAUCUAGAAUGGUUGUAGGAAUCAUGAAGCUUAUAUUUUGCAUAGUAAUAAGCAGUAAAAAUAUUUUCCUUUAUCAGAA